CGGAUGAAUACUCUUCAUAAUCAUAGACUAAAUUCAACCACUAUUCUAUCAACACCCGAACACAUCUAAUCUUCCACGAGAUUAUCCAUACAGUGAUACAGAGAAUCCAGAAUUCCAAAUAUUUCCUAAUAUAAACGUUGUUAACUUAUCAGAAAUUGAAUUACGAAAAUUACCUGCGAAACUACUAACAGAAGAAUUUUAUUCUUGAAGAGAAAGAUAAUCUUACAAGUAACAACCAUUGACUCGUUUAUAUUUGUAUAUUUAGAUGAAGAAAAAAUAAUAGUAUCGUAAUCUAUAUCCAUCCAACUGUAUUCACAAAGAAAUGAUGUAUUAUGAUCGAAUUAUUCAUGCUAGAAUUUGUCAUGGGUCGGUGAACUUAAAUUACACAUCUAAGAGCCACAUUAAAAAAAACCGGGCAAUAAAUACAAAAACGGAGAAAAACAAGGGUUAACCUGAAAAUUAAAGUAAAUAACUAAACUUCAAAACGUGUAAUAAAGAAGACAAAAGAAUCUUUGAAAAACAUGCAUACAACUAACUCAGUCGUUCAUUACCACAGCUUUGUGUCUUCCCCGCACGAUCCGAUCCGAUCCGAUCCGUACAUAAACAUUCCCUCCAUAACCCAAGUUACUAAAAAAAAAAAAAGAAACAGAGCAAGUUUCUAAAUCUACAAAAAAGACCCCCUCCUUUUUUGACUGGUCAUCGUUUCAAAGGUAAAGCUUGACGACCUCUCUUCUUCUUUCUUUCUUUCUCUUCAUCAAGAUUUUGGAUUAAUGAUUCUGAGUUUCAGGGAUUUUACUUGAAGAAGAAGAAGAAGCCAUGGGUAUUGAUGCUAAAGAUGUCUGCGUUAUCGUCUGGAAAGUGAUCAGAUUUUCAACGAACACAACGUGCAGAUACGUCAAGAGAUACCCAGUUGCUUCUUGUGUUUCUGCGUUUGUGAUCUUCUUGUACACUUUCCUUCCUUGGAUCUUCUAUUUCAUCCUCUGUUCUUCUCCGUUCAUAGCUUGUGCUUCGUUCUAUCUUCGGAAUCAUCUGAAUGGUGAGGAGGAGCAGAGGAGAGAUCGUGGGUCGAGGGAGGGGAGAACAGAGAAGGCUGAGUUAAAGCACCAAAGAAGUGUUCGACGAAACGCGAGAAGGGAAGUGGAAGAGGUCGGGAAAGAUUGGGACUCGUCUCAAGCUAGCGAGGACGAGAGAGGGAAAGUUAUUCUCACAACUCUCUACGGAGAAUUACCACCGGAGACUAUCACUCCAGAUCUGGAGAGUUUCAAGAGAGACACGAAGUUGCUUGGACCGGAAGAAAGCUUCGUUGAGUCUAACCUCGACAACGAAGACUAUGUCGUUGUACAAGAUCCUUUGGAGAGGGUUUGUGAUGGUGAAACUGAACUAGAAUGCUCAUCAUCAUCAUCAUCAGAAGAGGAAGAAGAAGAAGAAGAAGAAGAAGAAGAGAAAGAAACAAACACGGUCAUAGUAGCGUGGACAGAGGAUGACCAGAAGAACCUAAUGGAUCUAGGAACAUCCGAUAUCGAAAGAAACAAGAGGUUAGAGAACUUGAUGACAAGAAGACGGUCAAGGAGAUUGUUCCUACUUGCAGCUGAGAGAAGCCUGAUGGAUAUGGAAGUUCCUAGGAUCUGCAUAGGUCGAAACUACUAUGGUUUGGAUAGAGACAACUACGAAGCGGAUGGAGUUCUCAUGCCAGGAUCUGCACCUUCCGUUAUGUUACCGAGAAGAAACCCAUUUGACCUUCCUUAUGACCCACAGGAAGAGAAGCCGAACCUUACAGGAGAUAGUUUCCAGCAAGAGUUUGCAGAUGCUAACCCUAAAGACAUCUUCUUUUCUCGCCAUGAGAGCUUCCACCACAGAAUCUUCCCUUCAGAGUCUCAAAAUGAUUAUAAUCUAGAGUCAUUGUGGAGAAAAACACUUGAUGGUAGGCCUAAGCCACUGCAAGGUAGCAACGAUCAACUUCCUCUAAUGAAAGAAAGUGAUGUGGAGGCAGGGGAGGUACGGAUAGAGACUGAUUCGAUCAGAAACGAUGAUAGUGACUCGAACACAACGUUUUCUCCGAGAGAAAGAGAGAAAGAUUUCAAUGUUUCAGACCAGUCAGAUGCUUCUGAAACUUUCUGCAAACGAAAUGAAGAUCGUGUUGGAAAAUCUCUAGCGGGUUUAGUACCAAGAAGCGGCGGUUCGAGUUCAAGGGCGAACGCGAGGCAAAGAUACAUGGAGCAUUUUGGUUACAGCAUAAAGAGAAAUCAUGUGUCAACACAUUCCGUUGACUCUGAUCUUCAAGUUGAGGUGUCUGAACUCGGAUCACCUCCAAGUUCAGUUGAUGGGAAUGACUCCUCCUCUGAUGAAGAGAGAUCUUUGUUUGGUUAUGAAUCUGAGAUUGGUAAGGAAAUGGGUUUUUAUGGUGAGGAAAGUGGAAUGUUACCUAUGGGAAAACUUGAUCAAGAAGUAAAUGAAACAAAGUAUUUAGCUUCUCCAGAAAUUGAAGAAUCAGGAAAGUUGGAGCCUAUGGAUUUGAAGAAACUUCCGGGAAACUCAGCUGAUGAGAUAAAGACGAGUUAUGACUCUGAUGAGCCUGAACCAUCCGAGAGGACUUAUCAAGAAUCUGAAGAGCCAAGUGUUAGAAAUGACCAAGAAGUGAUGCAACAACUACCAGAAGCUGAAGCUUCUGAUGUAAAUCAUCAUGGAAACCCUGAAGAUUCUGCUGCUUUUCCAACAUCAGUAUUAGAAGACAUGUUGCCUUUAAGUCAUACUCAUUCGGAGGAUCUUGAUCAUACAUCAGAUGGUCUUCUGCCGAAUGUGGAUGCACCCGCAGAAUCAUCUAGUAAUCAAUCAAAUGAACAAUCUGAUCCAACCGGGGAAACUACAGUAGAAACCGUUUGCUUGAAUGCCACGGAAACAGUUCAGGAGAAGCAAGAGGGAUCUGAAGAACCAUUAAUCAAUGAUGAGUCUAAAUCUGCAGAAGACCGCAGAUCACUGUCCACGGAUGCAUCAGCUGAAGAACUCAAUAGCCAUAACAAUUAAUUGAUGAAAUGUUUUGAUGCAGAAAGUUUUAUUCGCAUUCUCACGGAAAAGUCAAUGAAGGGAACACCAGUUUAACUUGGUUUAUAGAAUCAAACACCAAUAUAGCUGCAGAGGCCAGUUUUGCAGGUGUUAAUAUAUGCUCUGACUAUAUGAGUACGAGACAUGGCGAAAUGAUAAGAUAUUUGUGGAUAGGAAAUUUAUGUUAUGUUUGUGUUGCAUUAUCAAAUGCAGACUUUUGUUUUUUAAAAAAGGUAUAGCGAGAGAAUGUAUAGGUUUCUUGUGGGUGUGUUUUGCUUCCUUAGAGCGCACGGCAACUGAGGAGAUGCUCUUAUACAUGUUUGUUUUGUUCGCCUAUAUUCUUAGAUAAUUUCGUGCAAUAAACACUUUUCUUGGGAAAUCAUAAAAUAAAAUAAGUUAUGAUUUUUUUUGUUC